AGACGGGCAUACGUGAGGUUGUAAGUUUCUGCAAGAAUUUCAGCUAUUGUGAGAGAGGGAGUGGCACGGAGUUCGGACGCGAAGAAGCAGUCCCUUCAAGCCAUGGCUCGUUCCUGGUUAACAUCCUUUAUCCUUUUUCUGGGAUGUGCCAGCUUGGUUUCUGCCAGAUUUCUUCAAAUCACGCCACCGGUAGUGUCUAAACAACAGCCAAUCACUGCAGCUGAAGAAGAUUCUUCCGUCGAUCUCGACCCGGACCCCUUUGAAACCCUCAAGAAGAACGGCCUUCCGGUCGGUCUGCUGCCGAAAACUGUCAUCAAAGCUGAAAUCAACGAUCAAGGAUGGUUCCGAGUGCAGUUGCCGUCCACGUGUCGCACGUCUGUACAUAACACGGGUGAGAUUCCGCUUUACUACUCAACCGUUCUUACCGGGAGGCUGCAGUACGGAGUGAUUUCAAGCGUCCGCGGGAUCUCCGCGAAGCCUCCGGAAUUGCCGUUUUGGGUCUCCGUUAAAUCGAUCUACGUGGACAACGCCGCUUCAAGCGUGAUUCACUUCUCCGUCGGAUUCGGGAUCAGCGAGCAGCUUCCUCGAGCCGCCUUCGAAGACUUCCCGAUCUGCCAUUCAGGCGUCGACGCGCCUCCGGAAAACCAGGAGGAGGACGCCGUGCCUUUUGAGUUUCAGGGCCAGGAGGAGCCGUUUGAAGUCGCGAUCCGGGAAGUGAUUAAAGCGGCUGAAGAGGAAGAGGCUGCAGCAGUCGCGGCAGCACAGAGCGCGGAUGAGCAAGAUCCUGCGGUGAUUGUGGUCGAAGCGAUGACGCUGGAAGACUCGAGAGGAGUCGAGGAGACAGAGGUUUCCGUGGGAGAGCAUGGCACGUCUGGUGAAACUCAGAUGACAGGAGACGAUGCUGGUGAUGGUGAUGAAAUGGAUGAACGAUCGAUGGAUGAGCAAACAGGGGAGGAUCAGACAGCUGAUGAUCAGACAGCCGAUGAGCAGCAGGGUGGAGGAGGAGGUCAAGACGAGAUUGCCGUGGCUGCAGCCUGAAGGUCACCCAAGGAAGUGUCAAGGAUUGUGUCAAGUGUGUUCAGAAGAAGGGAUAUCCCACGUGUGCUGGCGUUGCAUGGAGGCAGCCAGGGCUGGUCGGGUGAUUGUAUGAUACUGAAGGAGGGGGAUGCUAGUGGUGGUUUGACAAAAUCAUGUAUGCGCUAUGCUUUUCUCACUGUACAGCUAGGUUGGCAGUAAAUGACUCUUCAAGGUAUGACGUGUCAACAAACAUAUAAAUCUGUUUAUUCAUUUAGGUAUUGUUUGCUAGAUCAGUUCUUAGACGAGACAGUAUUCUUGUAAUUGUAUCUACCCUCCCCUGUUCCUGGUCACACUUUUCCAGAUACUCUAACA